AGGGACCAUUUGCAGAAAGGAGUUGCGCCGAUGACACACGGCACUGGACUACUUCUUUAGGUGGUUCCUCAGAAGAACGCUGCGGAAAAAAUGGCGCUGUUUGUGGAAGCAGCAAGAUUGCAAAUAUUAAAAAGAAUCUGCGCAUGUACAUCACAUUCAGCGAUGCCGGAGCAUAAAAAACAUUUUUUAUUGUCUGAUGGCUUAUAAUGUGAAUAUGCGUAAUUUUCCUUAGCUUUUUUGCGCUUUUAGCAGCAACCUAAAUUCGUCUGGCAACUCUGAACAGUCGGUGGUUUGUUGUUCUUGUUUUUUGCCGUGCUUUUUACAUGACUGCGUCUAGCUGGGUCAGUGACGGCGUGCCGCGUUUCAUCGUGGUCCUGCGAUGGAUCAGCGGAGAGAAAGAGAUAAAGCAAUAGUUGAGUUGGGCCUGACACUUGUCGCCCUCGGCGCCAUCGAAGAUGAGCUAAACGCUGCGAAGGCAAGAGUGAUGAGCCUCAAACAAAGACUCGUCAUGAACAGCUUCAUUUUGAGUGCUUCCGCACAGUCCCCUCGAGCCAUCAACCGCGAAAGGUGGGCCUAUGUGCGCAACGAACGCUGGUUCGAAGACACAUUGCCGUUAUUAGGCGACGGCCACUUUAAGCAGUGUUUCCGAGUGAGCCCAGCCACCUUCCGUUUCCUUGUGGACAGCCUACGCCCUUCGCUAGAGAGGGUCACAACUAAUAUGCGCGAGUGCAUUGCGGUUGAAAAGGUGGUGGCCAUCGGCUUAUUCAAACUGUGCUCCGUGGCAGACGACCGAGUCGUGGCCAGCGUUUUCGGUGUCGGGCGAUCGACGGUGAACGGCAUUUACAAGGAGUUUUGCGAAGCCAUCGUUUCUGUCUAGGAAAGCGACUGGAUCAAGAUGCCGAGUCCAUCUGAGAUGGCCGAACACAUUCGGGAAUUCAUGGCCGUCAGUGACAUUCCACAAGCUGUAGGAGCCCUCGACGGCUGCCACUUCCCAGUUUCGCCGCCACAAGAACAUGCCAUUGAUUAUUACAACUACAAGGGGUGGUACAGCAUUAUUCUUCUGGCUCUUGUAGACCACAAGUACCGUUUCAGCUUUAUAAAUGUUGGUGCCCCUGGAAGAUGCCACGACUCUCAUGUGUAUCAAAUGUCGAGCCUCUACGGCACGAUUGAGGAACCACUUUUCAAGGCUCCGGUUGUUAGAAUAGGAGGCGUUGUCGUGCCACCUCUGGUGCUCUGUGAACAUGCCUUCCCACUUACACCUAACCUCAUCGAGCCAUUUGGACACAACACCCCACUUAGUGCAGAGCAGAAAAAUUUCAAUUACCACAUCAGCAGAGUGAGACGUGUAGUGGAAGACGCCUUUGGAAGACUUAAGGCAAUAUUUCGCUUCAGGUCGAAGAGAAUGGAAUGCGACAUUGCAAAUGCUCGCCUCGUGAUUCGCGCAUGCUGCGUGCUCAACAACAUUUGUGAGCAUUUCAGUGAUGCUGUUCAGCUUCAGCGGCUCAAGGAAGUUCAACAGUCCGACUCCCAACUGCCGCCAACCAGAACGUAG